CAAGAUCAGUUGCAGACAUUAAGUCGUACUAAACAGUUGUGUUCAAAACGCGACGCGGUGUGAAAUUGAUCAGUCAGUAACACAACAGAAAAAGUUAAAUUACAAAAAAAAACGAAGAAAACUCGAAAGAAUUUUUGAAAAUAAAAAUUAUAAAUAAAUAUCAAAUACAAAAUAAAAUUUUAAUAAAAAAGGAAUAUUUAAUUGCUACAGCAACAAACUUCCACAGAUCACAAUGAAAUUUGUUAUUUUACUGUGUGUACUUAGUGUACUGUUACUGCAACAAGCUCAAGCUUCACCCGUAAAACUAGUCGAACGUCAGGAACGUGCUUUGGCGCGCCAACAAGCUGCCGGUGUUAAUGAUGUUGCUCCUGUUGCCGCACAAGCCGCCGAUGAAGAUGAUGAUGACGAUGAGGAUGAUGAUGACGAUGAACCUGAUCUAGGAGAUCUAAUUGAUGAUGAUGAUGUUCUAUUUGUUUCGGGGCUUUCAGAUGACGAGGACGACGAUGAUGAUGAAGAUGAUGACGAUGAAGAAGAGGAAGAUAGACCACAAGGUCAAGCUGCCCCCAACUCGGGUGCCGAUGAUGAUGAUGAAGAAGAUGAUGACGAUGAUGAUUACUUGGAUAGAUUAUUCGAUGAUAUCUUAGGUGAUGAAGAUGAUGAUGAAGACGAUGAUGAUGAAGAACCCGCUGCCAGUGUACAAAAUACCGUAGCUGCUGCACCUGCCGCUCCAAUUGAAGAUAUUGCUCCCGUAGGCCAAGCUGCUGCCGCUGGUAUUUCCGAUGGUGUCGAUUUACCCGCCGAAAGUGGCAAUGCCAACGAACCCUUGGCCCAAGGUAAUACAGCCGACAAUGAUGUAGCUCCCUCCAGCAGCAACAACAACGAAGGUGCCCUAACAGGUGAAGAUGACGAUGAUGCUGACGACGAUGAAGAUGAUGACGAUGAUGAUAUUAUUGGCGACGAUGUCAUUGAAGCUAGACGUGAAGCACGUUCAUUGAAAAACAAUAUAAUUGAUAUGUCGAGCGAUGCCUUCCAGGAACGUAAUAAUCAGUUUGUCGAUGCGAUAUUUGCACGUAUCAAUCGUAUUGUAUCCGAUAACUAUGACCCGUUUGUGGUACAAUUGAAUGGUCGUUCAACAGUUAAACAUGAAAUAAAAUCGGCCUCUGCCACAUCAACAAAAAGCCAACAGCAGCAGCAACAACAAAAUAAAAUAAAAACCGCAAAACCACAAACCACCAACACAUCAAUUAAGAAAUUGAAAAAUACAAAAUCGGAACCACGUAGCAACACAAACAACGAAAACGAAACUAUCGACAGCAGCAGCAGCAGUACAAUCACCAACACUGCUGAAGCAGAGUCUAUGCCAAAGGACAAUAACAAUGAGCCAAAACAACUAAAUAAGUUGCAACAACAAUUGGAACAAUUGGAGGGACAACAGAAAAAACUCAAAGCCACUGAACAAAUUGGAAAUGAUGUUGUAACAAAUGAACAACAAAACUCUGAACAAAAAACUGAAAUCCAUACUGACGAAAUGAAACAGGAAACUCGCACUGCAUUUGUCAAUGAUGUUGUCAAAUCAGGAAAUCAAAAGAAAAGCUCUACAAAGGCACACAAACAACAUGGACAAACAAAAAGUAGCAAUAGCAAACAUAAACUUAAAUCGACUAGCGCCACAACAGCCAACAAUAAAAAUGGCAGCACCAAGGAUGCCAACACUGACUUUUUAAAGGCUGAAGGUAGUCUAUCGGGUUUGGCAUCAUUGAAGCGUGUCGGCAAUGUAAAAUUGGCCACCGAUCCGGAAGGACGCAAUUCCACAAUUAAGGCUAAAUUUACUUUGGGUCCACUUAUUUUACGUGUUGAGAAAUCAUUCAAACGUGCUGGAGUGGAGAAUGUUAAAAGUGCUACUGCACGUACAAACGAAAUGAUCGGUCGUAUUAAGUUUAGUGUAGUAAAUGAUCAUGCCACAUUGAUGUCGAUUAAAGUGCAACAGCCUAAACAGGUCGAAGUUGAAAGCAAAGACAACCAUGACCGCACCAGAGAAUUUGUCUGGCGUCGUACACCAAAAAUUGCAAAAUUGGUCAAUGAAAAACUUAAAUUGGCAGCAGAAACUCUAUUUGCGCCACAAGGUGUUGAGGUGGUAAGACUUUAAGUCAAAACUCUAACAAAGGAAUUGUGCUCAAAAAAACAAAUAUUUAUUUAUAACUUUAAAUUUUACUUAAUACUAUUUAUGUUAAAUUAUGUAUUCUUUUGGAUUUUGUUAAAGAAUUUUACGCCACAAAAUUUAAUUAUUAAAGAAAAUAUAAA